CUGUCAAAAUAAUUGAUACAAAUUUGGUCAUUCACUUUGUAUUAUAUUUUUUCAUUUUGUAUUUUAUCAGUGUCGUUAGAUUGAUUUGAAUUCACCAUGGAGCCUUAUGAUGUUAUGGUCAACCAGCCCGUCGUGAUAGAUAAUGGCUCCGGUGUGAUUAAAGCUGGUUUUGCUGGUGACCAAACCCCAAAAUGCCGAUUUCCAAAUUACAUUGGACGACCAAAACAUGUAAGAGUGAUGGCUGGUGCAUUAGAAGGGGACUUAUUUGUGGGGCCAAAGGCUGAGGAGCAUCGAGGUUUAUUGUCUAUAAAGUAUCCCAUGGAGCACGGAAUUGUAACAGAUUGGAAUGACAUGGAAAGGAUAUGGUCGUACAUUUAUAGUAAAGAUCAGUUAUCAACGUUUUCUGAAGAGCAUCCAGUCUUGUUAACUGAGGCUCCUUUAAAUCCUCGUAAAAAUUUAGAAAGAUCUGCUGAAGUUUUUUUUGAAACUUUUAAUGUCCCCGCCUUGUUUGUGUCUAUGCAAGCUGUUCUCAGUCUUUAUGCAACUGGAAGAACUACGGGUGUCGUUUUAGAUUCAGGUGAUGGAGUCACACAUUCUGUGCCUAUCUAUGAAGGCUUUGCACUCCCUCAUAAUAUUAUGAGGAUUGAUACGGCAGGCCGAGAUGUUACUAAGUAUCUUAAACUACUUCUUAGAAAAGAAGGUGUGAACUUCAGGACAACAUCAGAGUUUGAAAUUGUACGCAGCAUUAAAGAAAAAGCCUGCUACUUAGCUAGUAAUCCUCAAAAGGAAGAAAGUGUAGACACAGAAAAAAUUCAAUAUGUUCUUCCUGAUGGUUAUCCAUUAGAUAUUGGUCCAGCUAGAUUUAGAGCUCCAGAAGUUUUAUUCAGACCUGAUCUAAUCGGUGAAGAAAGUGAAGGAUUGCAUGAAGUUCUUUUAUAUUCUAUCGAAAAAGCUGAACGAGAUUUGAGGAAAGUAUUGUUUCAAAACAUUGUUUUAUCAGGUGGUUCUACUCUAUUUAAAGGCUUUGGUGACAGACUGUUGUCAGAAAUUCGAAAACAAGUACCAAAAGAUAUGAAGAUUAAAAUUUCUGCUCCACAAGAGCGUUUAUAUUCCACCUGGAUAGGAGGUUCCAUUUUAGCUUCAUUAGAUACAUUUAAGAAAAUGUGGGUUUCUAAGAAAGAGUAUGAUGAAGAUGGCCAAAGAGCUGUACAUAGAAAAACUUUCUAAUUAAUAUGCAUUUGACUUCUCAACUCAGCUAAUUAUUUAAAGGUAAUUUUAAAAUGCUACAUUAAUA